GUGGGAUAUGGAACGCACCUUUAGACGUCAGCACUGGCGUCAUAUAUCUGUCACUUUGAUUUAAUCUGUGUUAACUACAUUUUUACCCUCGCUUCUUAAUAAAACACUAAUUAAUCUAAUUUAGUAGUUUUAUUAAAAUAUAACAAGUGGCGACGAGUCUUAUUAAGGACCAUAAGUGCAGCGACGAUAAAAAACAGUGAAAGCAACAAAACAUCAUUAUUAACGAAACUGCUAAACAUCGACCCGAGUUGUGCACUGGGAGGCGUGGACCGCAUAUUUAUUUUGGAAGAAUUUAAUAUUUUUAUGUAACUGUAUACUAGUACUGUAUAUCAGUUUCCAUUAAACUCAUCAUGAGACCGAAAAUAACCAUGUCAGCUUGUGGUGAUAUAAGACAGUUUGAGGGAGAGAAGUGGGAGGUAUUCAGACAACAACUUGAGUGUUUCAUACUUGUCAAUGAUAUCACUGAAGAUAAAAAGGUACCCCUGCUUAUUACUAAACUGUCUCCAAAAGUAUUUGAAACAUUAACCUAUUUAUGUUCACCACUUCAACCAUUAGAACUGAAGUUUGAAGAGUUAUGUACUAAACUCAAGGAGAAAUAUGCCAAACCAUUAUCAACGACCUUGGAAAGAGCAGAGUUCCGGAAAAGAAAUCAAUUACCCAAUGAGAAAAUCCAAGAGUAUGUAUUAGAAUUAAAAAAAUUAGCAGCAAAAUGUCAAUUUAAAGAUGCAGAUGACCAAGUUAAAGAGAAGUUUAUGGAUGGUGUAUCCUCAAAGUUAAUUAAAUUUGAGCUGAUGAAAAGUCAAGUGGAAAUGUCAUUGGAAAAAUGCAUUGAAAUUGGUAGAACAGUAGAAGCAGCGCUAUUACAUGCAAAUGGAUCAAGUGAAUCGACAGAAAAUAUAUUCUUUUAUCAACAAAGAAUAAGAAAUACUGGAACAAGACCUAAGCAUAAGCAGAAUAAUAACAGUAAACAGCAUAGUAUAAAAUGUUUUUGCUGUGGAAAAGAAAAUCAUGUGAAAGCUGAUUGUCGUUUAAUCAAAAAGUUUUGUAGUGAAUGUGGACAACAGGGACACAUUUAUAAGAUGUGUUCUAAGAAACGCCAAAUUAGUACCCUGGAAGCAAAGCAACCAGAGGAGGAUGCAGAGGAACCUGAAGAAAAUGUUAUCCAAAAUUCAUUUCAAGAAGAAUAUAAAACAUACAGUGUAAGCAUGCACAACAACUAGUUAAAUCUGAGUUCGCAGAAGUAUUCAGCCCGGGUUGGGGGAAUUUUAAAGGAG